AUGGGCGACGCCUGCACGGACCUCGCAGCACUCAGCGCGCGCGCGGCGCGGAUAUCUCAGGCAGAGGGCUUCUCGGAGGGCGACUUCGGCAGCGUGGACGACGGGGAUCGCGGCCUCGGGACCAAGGAGGCCCCCGCGGCCCCAGGGGGCUCCAUGGGCCCAGGCGCCGCCCGCGGCGCCUGGCAGUGCUUCCCCAUCCCCGAUGCACUCUCCGGUGCUCGCGAGCCCGCGCGGGCACGCCCCGAGAUCCCUCCGAGAGGCCCGGGGCGGGCCCCGGGCGCCGAGUGCCAGCGGCACGGCUCUGGGUUCGACAGCCUCCGCAAGGUAAUCCAGCACGGCUUCCUCUCCGAGGAGACGGCGGCGCCCACCUGGCACCCCCGGGGGACGCUCCUGCUGUCCGGCGCGCCAGGCUCCGUCGAGGCGCGCCUGAGUGACGCGAAGGAGUUCGUGGAGCUGCGGCCCGAGCUGCAGGGCAUGAUGGUCAAGGAGAGCGAGAAAGGAAGCUACUACGCCAUCCGCAUGUACAGGGACCAGAACCCCUCGCGGGUCCUCCUCGCAUCCGUGCCCGCGAAGCUGCUGGCGGACCACUUCGAGGACUGGCACGACAUCCUGCGGGUCUCUGUGGGGCCGCAGGGCCUGCCCGUGGCGCUGUCCUACCGCGUGCGGCACACGCUGGGCCUGUCGCUCUUCGACCACACCCAGGUCCACCUCUCGGAGUCGACCGUCGCCGAGGGGCCGCGGGUGCCCCCGCGAGUGCAGUCCAAGGACGGCCUCGGUGGCGGCGAGGCCCCAGCCAUCCCGUCGAUCAUCCGCAAGUAUUGGUGGGUAAUCAUGAUCGCGGUGCUCCUGACGAUGUCCGGCGGCGGGGACGACGGCCGCGGCGGCGGCAGCGGCGGCGGCAGCGGUGCCGCCCCUCGCCGGCCCGCGGCCCGCAGCUGA